AUGCAUUUCAAGUUUUUGAUUCCAAUUACACUGGCUACAAUAUUAGCUUUCAAGGGUGCAGUACAAUUUGCACCUGUUCCACAGAAUGUUUCUCAAAGUAUUAUCGGUGAAAAUACUCCAGCUGUUAGCAAUGCUAGUACAAUUUCAAAUCAGACAAUUGAGGAAACAGCUGCACCUGUUAGUUCGUUGUUGGAUGAUGAAAACUCUCAUGAUAUCGAUACUGUUGAAAAAGAUAACAGCGACACUAAAAAGACAAAAAAAAAAUCAAAAGGUAUGAACGGUUUUAUAAUAUUUUGCAUAGCUUUCCCAGUUUCUGCUAUUGAAUAUUUUUUCCGUUCUUUGGCGUUGUUGAUAAUUAAUUUCAUUUAUUAUUUAAUUGUUUGGCCAAUUAAGGCAUUCUUUAACUUGUGCUUUGUUAAACGAUUCUUCGCUACACUUGCAACUCCAUUCAUAAUCAAAGAAUACCCACCACGUCAUGAGUCAAACAAUGGAAACAACUCCAAUGAAAAAGCUAUAGUUAAUUGUUCAGGUGAAGAAGAAGGUACCACUGUCAAAAGAUCACAAGUUGAACAAUAUAUGUUUGAUGAAAGAAAGUUACACGAAAUAGCAAAUAGUGUUUUUUCACCAGAGCUCCAAUGUUGUGCAGAGUUUAUUCGAGAUGAUUUAUAUGCAGCACACCCAGAACAUUUGUUGAGGCUACACCCAUGUUCUAUCUGUCUUGAGCACUUUCUUUAUGAAGACAUUUUGCUGUUAUUACCUUGUGAUCAUGUUAUCCAUCUUGAUUGUUUACAUGAUUUUAAAAGAGCUUCAUUAACACCAAAUUCAAAUCAAGUUGCUAUGGUUAGAUGUCCUACAUGUCAAUUGAAUCUUGUCAGGUUGUAUCAAUAUUAUAUUGACCAUGGUUUGGACUUCAAAGAGGUUAAGUUUGACAAUAGAGCAUGA